UUGUAUCUGUAUUUACGCGAGAGUUCAGAGUGAGAUUUGAGGUGAAGUGUGUCGUUUCAUUCAUCGUAGCCUCUGUGGGUUUUCGUUGACGCGGUUAGUUUCAAAAACGAGGAGAGGAUGGCGGUCCCGGACGUGCGACUCAACCAUACUAUCUACAUCAACAACUUGAACGAGAAGAUCAAGAAAGAUGAGUUGAAGAAGUCCCUGUACGCCAUCUUCUCGCAGUUCGGGCAGAUCCUGGACAUUCUGGUGGCAAUAAACCUGAAGAUGAAGGGGCAGGCCUUUGUGAUCUUCAAGGAGGUCAACAGCGCCUCCAACGCGCUGCGGUCGAUGCAGGGAUUCCCCUUCUACGACAAACCCAUGCGAAUCCAGUACGCCAAACUAGACUCUGACAUCAUCGCCAAGAUGAAGGGGACCUUCGUGGAGCGGGACCGCAAGAAGGAGAAGAGAAAGGUCAAGGGGGCAGAGGGCCCCGGGGGCAAGAAGGGCGUGCCGGGGGCCCCCGUGGCCCUGGGCCCCGGGGGAGCCGGUGCCAUGCCGGGGAUGCCUCCCAUGAGCCAGGCACCACGCAUGAUGGCCAUGCCCGGCCAGCCGCCCUACAUGCCUCCCCCAGGGAUGAUGCCUCCCCCUGGGAUGGCCCCUGGCCAGAUGCCCCCUGGGUCCAUGCCCCCGGGCCAGAUGAUGCCCGGACAGAUGCCUGGUCAGAUGCCGCAGCAGAUCGCGGAGAACCCUCCCAACCACAUCCUGUUCCUCACCAACCUGCCGGAGGAGACCAACGAGCUCAUGCUGUCCAUGCUCUUCAACCAGUUCCCGGGCUUCAAGGAGGUGCGGUUGGUCCCCGGGCGCCACGACAUCGCCUUCGUGGAGUUUGAUAACGACGUGCAGGCGGGGGCCGCCAGAGACGCCCUGCAGGGCUUCAAGAUCACGCAGACCAACGCCAUGAAGAUCUCCUUCGCCAAGAAGUAGUCCGCCCCGCACACAGACACUGGGCCGGGACCCCACUGGGGGGUCGAACCUCGGCCUGUAACUCAGCGUUGGGUUAGACCCCAAAUAACUCUUCCACAAGUCUUGGCUGUUCAGCGUAAGUAUUGAUUGCAUCAAGUUGCCAUGAAAUCGCUGCAGACGUGUUCGCACCGUGCUUGAUUACGUUGGCAUCGGCUCAUCAGACGGUAAAACAUGCAAGUCGGUUUUCACAAUUAACAAACGCCCAAAUUCUUUUCUAUACGUAGCGUUCAGGCAACUUGCUGUUCAUUCCUUUUUAACUUGUUUGUCAUGAGGCAUUGCACCCAGAGUCUGGUUUACCGGACAUUGAACCUGGAGCUUUUGUUUUUAAAUAAAAACCUUUGUAUCUGA